AUGAAGCCCCCCGCAGCCUGCACAGCAGAUGUCCUGGACAAGGCAGCCCCGUGCUCCGUGGUGAACUACUUGAGAUGGGACCUGAGCGCCCAGCAGAUAGCAGAGCUCACGACGGAGCUCAUGGAGCAGACCAAGCGCGUGUACGACCAGGUGGGCUCCCUGAAGUUUGAAGACGUGUCUUACGAGAGUACACUCAAGGCGCUGGCUGACGUGGAGGUGACCUACACAGUUCAGAGGAAUAUCCUUGACUUCCCCCAGCACGUUUCUCCAUCCAAGGACAUCCGGACAGCCAGCACAGAAGCUGACAAGAAGCUGUCUGAGUUUGACGUGGAGAUGAGCAUGAGGCAGGACGUGUACCAGAGGAUCGUCUGGCUGCAGGAAAAAGUCCAGAAGGACUCCCUGAGGCCAGAGGCCGUGCGGUACCUGGAGCGACUGAUCAAGCUUGGCCGAAGGAAUGGGCUCCACCUGCCAGAGGAAACUCAGGAAAAAAUCAAAGGCAUCAAGAAGAAGCUGAGCCUCCUGUGCAUUGACUUCAAUAAGAACCUGAACGAGGACACGACCUUCCUGCCCUUCACACGAGAGGAGCUGGGAGGGCUCCCUGAAGACUUCCUGAACUCUCUGGAAAAGACUGAGGAUGGGAAGUUCAAAGUCACCCUCAAGUACCCUCACUAUUUUCCUCUCCUGAAGAAAUGCCACGUCCCCGAGACCAGAAGGAAGGUGGAGGAAGCCUUCAAUUGUCGCUGCAAGGAGGAGAACUGCGCCAUCCUCAGGGAGCUGGUGACCCUGCGGGCCCAGAAGUCCAGCCUGCUGGGCUUCGGCACGCACGCCGACUACGUCCUGGAGAUGAACAUGGCCAAGACCAGCCAGACGGUGGCCACCUUCCUAGACGAGUUGGCCCAGAAGCUGAAGCCCCUCGGGGAGCAGGAGCGGGCGGUGAUCCUGGAGCUGAAGAAGGCCGAGUGUGAGAAGCGGGGCCUGGACUUCGAUGGGCGGAUCAAUGCCUGGGACAUGCGCUACUACAUGAACCAGGUGGAGGAGACGUGCUACAACGUGGACCAGAACCUGCUCAAGGAGUACUUCCCCAUGCAGGUGGUCACCAAGGGGCUGCUGGGCAUCUACCAGGAGUUGCUGGGGCUGACCUUUGACCUGGAGGAGCACGCCGCUGUGUGGCACGAAGACGUGAAGCUGUACUCAGUGAGGGACACGGCCUCGGGAACGGUCAUCGGGAAGUUCUACCUGGACCUCUACCCCCGGGAAGGCAAGUAUGGGCACGCAGCCUGCUUCGGCCUGCAGCCCGGCUGUCUGCGCCAGGACGGGAGCCGCCAGAUCGCCAUCGCGGCCAUGGUGGCCAACUUCACCAAGCCCACCCCGGACGCCCCCUCCUUGCUGCAGCAUGAUGAGGUGGAGACCUACUUCCAUGAGUUUGGGCAUGUGAUGCACCAGCUCUGCUCUCAGGCGGAGUUUGCCAUGUUCAGCGGGACGCACGUGGAGCGAGACUUCGUGGAGGCGCCUUCGCAGAUGCUGGAGAACUGGGUGUGGGAGAAGGAGCCGCUGCUCCGGAUGUCGCAGCAUUACCGGACGGGCAGCGCCAUCCCCCAGGAGCUGCUGGAGAAGCUCAUCAAGUCCCGGCAGGCCAACACAGGUCUCUUCAACCUGCGCCAGAUCGUCCUGGCCAAGGUGGACCAGGCCCUGCACACACAGAAGGCCGCCGAGCCUGCCGACGAGUAUUCCCGCCUCUGCCAGGAGAUCCUUGGGGUCCCGGCCACGCCAGGGACCAACAUGCCUGCGACCUUCGGCCACCUGGCGGGCGGCUACGACGCACAGUACUACGGCUACCUGUGGAGCGAGGUGUACUCCAUGGACAUGUUCCACACACGCUUCAAGCAGGAGGGCGUCCUCAACGGCAAGGUGGGCUUGGACUACAGAAGCUGCAUCUUGAAACCGGGUGGCUCCAAGGACGCCAGCAUCAUGCUGAAGCUCUUCCUGGGUCGUGACCCCAAGCAGGACGCCUUUCUCCUGAGCAAAGGCCUGCAGGUGGAGGGCAGUGAGCUGCUGGCCUGCUGA